CCCGGUCUCCGUUUUCGCGCGGAUUUCUUUGUAGGAAGCUGGAAGAGUACAAAAAUGCUGCUGUGAUCGCCAGCGCUUGUGCAUGUGCGCCUGUGUCUGUGAUGUGUGUGAUCUUGCCUCUGAUGAAUGAUUAUGCUUGAUUUUGAGUGAAACAACGUCGUGAGUUGCUGAGGUCUUCAGGACGUGAGCUGCUGAGCGAUUGUUUUGAGGACGAGAACCCACCGUCCACUCGCCGGAGAGACUGUGCAGGUGCAAGUAUAUCCGCCGUGGACUCUGGGAUUGCAUGCUGUGAUCGGUCAGCGGUGACGCCAGGAGGCCGUGCAUGAUGAAGCGGCACAGGGAAACAUUGCUUGAACCCAGCAACGGCGUGCAAUCUGAGAGAGGCGACGGGCGCGUUACACGUCAAACAGUAGCAUCACCGGCAAGACCAGGUCUAAGAUCAGUAGCGACGGGAAAGCCCGGCCACUCGAGCAGGACAUCUUCUGGGAGGCUUUCUCCAGGACUUCCUCCAUCCAGUCGAGUGUCACGGGGAGAUUUAUCUCCUAGGUCAUUGGGAAGACACCCGCGCGAGAAUUCAAAGUCACCAAAUCGAAAAGGAACACCGAAUAAAACGAAUCCCAAGUCUCCAACAUCUGUUUCUCAUCCAACUUUUGAAGGCAGCCCUGCUGGAAAAAGAGCCUCUGAGAUUGCGACCAGUAAACAGCCUUCUAAGGGUUCUGAUAAAACCGUUGAUUCAGCAGUGCAACUGACCGUGACAGCUGUCUCACCCAAGAAAGAAACAGCUGAUGUAGAUACUGAAGUUACAAGCAAGACGAAAGGUCUUGGUGACCCGCAGUCCGAUAAUAGUACUUCCGCUGUCACCAACUCGGUCAAAAGCUCACCUUCCACAGCCUCCAUUAGCACAGUAAUUCUAACAGCUGAAGAUCGAGGUGAGCUGCAUGAAGCUAGUGCACUGGCCACCAGUUCAGUGACAAGCGAAGUCAGGAUGGAUGUGAGCGACUCUUGCACGGACGCAUUACAUCUUGAAGCCAUCACCAGUGCUAGCGACAGUUGCAAUGACAAAGAGGUGGAGGCGUCGUUUGCUAGGAAAGACACUUCAAAUGCAGUCAACUUGUCUGAUGCACAUGGUGAAAGAAGUGUAAGCAGUGCUCUUGAGAAUAGUGAUAACUCUGCUUGUACAGUUGCAAGGAAGAGGCAGACAAGCCAAUCUGGUAGAGAGUUGUCGCCAUCACCCACACCCAGCAGCAUGAAGCCAGCAUCAAGGCGUAACAGCUCUUCAAGCAAAGCAGUAGCUGCUGGUAAUCCUGGUGCUGGACCUGACGCUGGUGAUGGCGGAGAGGUACGUCGAUCCAGUCGCUCAAACAAGACAACUUGGAAACAGCGCUACAGCGAUCCUGUACAGUAUCCACACGGUGACCGAGGGCCUAAUUUUGAUGCAAGUGCACCAGCUCAGACAGUCGGUUCAUCUAGUGGAGGGGUAAGGUUGACUGCCUUGCGCGCUGGCCAGGGAAUGGAUGCAGAUAAUGACAAUUACUGCUGGCAGUGCCACAAGGAAGGUCAGGUCAUCUGCUGUGAUGGCUGUCCACGGGUUUUCCACUUGAAGUGUGCCCAGCUACCCGCCGAACCAGAGGGUGACUGGCUCUGCCCUGUGUGCCGGGAAGUGAAGAGUGCGGUGAAAGUUGACCACAAUAGUGUGAAGAAGAUGUACUACUUCAUACUGGACCAGAUGGAGACCUGUCAAGGAGCGAAUGUUUUUACCAUGCCAGUGUCUGUGGAGAUAUUCAAGGAUUACCCCAAGUAUAUAUUUCACCCUGUCUCAUUGGAUUCACUCAGGGAGAAAUUGCGAAGCCUGUCCGGGGCAGUGUUUCAAAACCCGCGCGAAUUUUUGCAAGAAACAAAGUGGAUAAUCCACAACUGCAUUAUCUACAAUGGAGAGGGCCACAAGCUCACCACAAUGGCGCGCAACAUGGUGCGCUUUUGCCGUGAUCAGGUGGUCCUGCUGGAGUUAUGCCCACCGUGCUUUGCACACAUGACAAAGUUGAAUUCGUCUGCGCGUAGCUACUGCACGCCCAAUCCGAAUUGUACUAAGGGUCACAAGCUAGUCUGGGCAAAGCUGCGUGGAUACCCGAUUUGGCCAGCAAAGGUGAUGAAUACGUUCAAGUCCCGUGAAGGUGAAAAAUACGAACUCAUGUUCUUCGGCGAUCACAGCCAUUAUUCUACGCUGGUUAAGAACACAAAGCCAAUCACCAAAGAACCGGGAGUAGGCCCAUCAGCUGCAACUGGUAGUCAUGUGAAUUUCUGGCGACAAGCACUUGAAGAAGUUCAGACGUAUAGUGAACUAGAAGGCACUGCUCUUCCAGAAGUGCAGAAGCUGUUGUCAGCACUACCUGCAGCGGCACUAUUACUCUCACCGUCCAGUCAAGAUGCUGACUCCAGUGGUCCGAAUAGUAGGUCUGUUUCUCCUGUUGAGGUGCGGCCACGCGCUUCUUCCCGCUCUUCCUCUCCGUUACCUACAACAGCAACUGCUGCUACUUCUAGUAGUGCUGCUGUGAGCCAGCGAAGCAAGACCCCUAUACCAAGCGAGGCAAAGAAACACACUACGAGUGGUUCAGUCUCUAGCAAGCCAGCACCACCAUCAACUACAUCGAAACUCCCAUCAGCUGUAGAACCUGCGGUAAUGGCAACCAGUGUGGGUGCAAUGGCUGCCGAGCAUUCAGGUAGUGCAGAGACCGCAGUGUCCGCAGCAGCAACAACAACAAAGUCUGGCUCAGCAGCAGCAGUAGCAGAAAAGCCGGCAUCGACACAGGAGUUAGACACAUCAGCACCGGCUUACCGCCAUAGCGUCAGCAGUGGCAAGGCAGGACGGACAACACCCGAGCAGGCUGUGUUUUCUGAGUCUGAAGGUGAAGACGAUGAGUUUGCGGAAGAUAGUGGCCAGUGGCUGUUCAACUAUGAGAAUGCCGAUGAUCGUGUUGAAGACGUAGUCCUGGUUGUCUCAGAUCUCUCUGCUCCUUGCUCACCAGCAUCUAACACCUCCUCACCAGAGCAGUCCAAAGGUGGAAAGGGCGGCUCUCCGCAUUCUACACGAUCGGGUUUGAAGCGCGGUCGCUCAGCAUUAGAGCAGGUUACACCUCCCCGUGGAGAUGCCAGCACCGCGUCCAAGGCAGGUGCCUAUGUGGCCACACCAGGUGCCAGUGCUACUGCUGCCUGCGAUAGUCCCAUGUCGCAGGCCAAGCGGCGUAAGGACAUUCCCGCUCUGGCUGCCAUGGAUGUGCUGCCCAGCGUGACGGAACUUGCGCCGGACGACUGCCUUGCUCCGACCGCCAGCUCUGCUAGUAGCACACCUUCUGCUGAUUGUACUGAUGAUGGCGAUGAUGCUGUGCCGACCGUGUUACUGCACCUCUCCCCUACCACCACUGUUGAUGGCACAGAGGAAGCAAUGGACACUGCAGAGCAGCAGAACACCAGCCAAGCCAGCACUGACAGUAUGCAGCACGCCCAUGUCGCUACUGCAGCCACUGCUAACACUGCUGUAUUGGCAGCGGUAACAAGCCUUGCAAGAUCACUAAGCUUUGAUGCAGCAGCUAGUAGCGAUACGACACCAGUGACGACGGCGACGAUAAGCGGCAGCAGCACGGGCAGCGCGAGUACUUCCACAAGCGUAGGCUUCUCUAUCAGUACUUCUUCCUAUGGUGCAGUAGCAACUCCAGCUGCUCAGAGUACGGCUGGAGCAACAACAGCUGCUGCCACGACAACAGCUGAGAGACAGCCUGCCGUUGCUGCUGCUGCUGCUGCUGCAGUAGCUAUGUCGGUACAAGCUACUGGAUCGUCACCAAAGCUAGAAGCAGUAGCAGAAGUGAACACACGCACACCUACGCAUGCUGCCGGCAUUUCCAGCCAGGCUCUGCUUACGACAGGUCUCCCGUUAGCAGCAGCGGCAGCAGCUUCAUCCGCGCCGUUCUCUGCCCGUCCUGCGUACACGCCGUCCGACGCGGUGCACGCACGCAGCACGGCAAAUCACGCGUUUAACGGUGCUGGCACGGCUGUCGGUUCUGCGUCUGGCACGUCCAUGGCCACUGUGCCCGGCUCAGCCACGUCACCCAUAGACCUGUCGUCGCCGGCAGAUCGGCCGAUUGCAUCUCCCUCUCAUCUCCAUCCUUUGCCUCGUAUACUUUCCGGUCGUGUCAGUCCUCUAGUGUGUCAGACAACAAGAAAUCCCGCGCCCAUUUCGAGCAUAGGUUCCGCUGAUGCUACAACUGUGGUUGGCGUUCAGAGAACGCCCAUGGAAGGUGUUAGGUUUGCACCGAGUAUGUCAGCAGAUAUGGUGGCAGCGGCAGCCGUUGUACCAGCCAUUUUACCCUUGUCCCGGAGCCAUGUCGCUGCCGUGGCGAAUCCGAUGAUUGCAACUGCUCUGGCAGCACAGGCACCUGUCACUAACAACGGGCCGCCUACAGCUAGCUGUGAUGGAUGCGUUGGGCAGCAAGCUGCUGUAAAGGAGUUUGUGGAAAGCAUAGCUGUUUCUUUGCAUCAAUCGUGUCAGCAGCUGGCACAGCAGCUCAAGGUUAAUAUCGAUCUUCCAAAUCUAUUCUCGUGCAUAACAAAUUCAACACCAGCUGCUUCUGCCAGUGACACGCCUGACACGCCUGAUACAGCAGUUGCUUUAGAUGAAGCAGUCAAGAAGCGGGAGGAAGAACUCAUCGACUUACAUAAUGCCGAGCUGGAAAAGCUGCGUCUGGAGUACGAGGAGCAGCGUCAGCUGGCUGUGCAAGAGAGCAAGAAACGUUUAUGGUGUAAUUCCUGUCACGAAGAGGCAAGCUUCUUCUGCUGCAAUAACAUCAACUACUGCAGCACCAAAUGUCAGACCAAAGAUUGGCCACUGCAUAUGGAACACUGUGGCCAGAACGAGGCAAGCGCCGGGCCAGACCCCAGUGUAACACCGGAUGCUGCACUAGCAGAUGCGGCGGUUGUCAUCCCGGGUGCAACCACCCCAACAGCACCCAACAACACCAUGCCGUUACCCGUUCCAACGCCCACUGGGAUAUUGCCCUCCCCGUCAUCGUCAUCAUCUCUGCCUGGCUCCGCUGGCUUCCAGUACCCACCAAAAAUUUCUUCAGUGCUUCCGACAAUGACAGCAGCAGUAGCAUCAGUAGCUGCAGCACCGGUAUUAGGAGCCUCAGCGGCAGCAGCAGCACCACCACCACCACCAAUGGUAGGAGCCCCGACGGCUGCGGCAGCAGCAGUGCCUACACCAAGGUCGCUAUCUCUCACUGAUGACUCAUGGAUGGCUGUCAAGGCAGCAGCAACAGCAGCAGCAGCAGCAACUAAACAAACACAGCAGCACCACCAUCAUCUCCAGCAACAGCACCAGCAGCAGCAGCAACAACAACAGCAGCAACAACAACAGCAGCAACAACAGCAGCAACAACAGCAACACCAACAGCAGCAGCAGCAGCAGCAACAGCAGCAGCAGCAACAGCAGCAGCAGCAACAGCAGCAGCAGCAGCAGCAGCAGCAACAGCAGCAGCAGCAGCAGUCACGACAACCGCAAGUACAGCAGCAGCAGGUGCCUCAACAGCCUGUGGCAACAGCCGCGGCAGUUGCCCACCUGUCUAACAGAGCCCUGUCACAGCUACAAACUGCAUUUACUGGCCGCUGGGCGAUCAGUGCGAAGGCUUCAGCAACAGCAAGCGCAGCAGCAUUGCCACCACCACCGUUACACAAUCCUACCCUGGCCGCUCAUCAAACCACUGGUGAGUUAUUGAGUCGACAGAGUACCGCUGGCACCCGGAUGGCUACUGGUCUGCGUACUCAUCAGGAUCAGCAACAACAAGCACAACAACAAGCACAGCGUCUGCUACUGCAGCAGCAGCAGCAACGCAAGCAACAAAAGCUGCAGCAUCAGAUGCUGGCUGCCCAGCAGCACGCGUUGCUUACAAGUGGGCAGCAACAACAUCACCUUCAACAGCAGCAACAGCAGCAGCAACAACAACAGCAGCAGCAACAACAGCAACAGCAGCAGCUGCAGCAGCAGCAGCGUUCUGGUAUCCGCCCUUCUUGGUCUCCUGCAAUGGCACCAGCUACUGGCACGGUACCUCGACAAGUCACUCAGCCGGUUCCAUCUCGUUCACAAGGAUUUCCUCGAAGUAGCAUACUAUCUCAUAUACCCCGCACCCUAUAGGACCCUUUCCCUUCACAACUCAUCCCAGAAUUAGCUUUGCCAGUAUCCAAUAGUGCUGGAGCACACGACGCACCUUUGCCAAUUUGCCUCGCUAAACCUCACUCGGCCGCUGUAAGCUUCAUGCAGCUUCACUCGGUUUCAUUCGUGUUCCGGAUUGAUGUUCAUGUCCACUGCUUGCACACCGCAGUGUACUUGGUCCGUACUGGUCACAAGAACACUGGUCAGAGAGACGCUGUUCCGUAUUGGUUGGAGGAAACGUAGAUCAGAGAAACACCGUUCCACAGAAUGUUUGUCCACUGUCCACACCCUAGGCCCCAGACCACGUUUCACUGCUCAGUAAUAGUGCCAAUGCCAAAACGCUAGGGGCCCAUACGGUGGUUUAUAGACUGCCUGUAGCCUGUCAGAUUCUCAUUCUGACACUAACAGUGCCUCGAUGAUCAGCUCAAGUACUGCAUUGCGGGCGUGACCAUGUUUGUUCUCUGCAUCCAUCACCACGUGUGUAUUAUCUUGAACCCCUUUGACUUGAACUCCCAGUGCUUGCCUGCACUACACACCAACGCAGCAUACAAGCACACGAAAUCUUGCUAGAUAUUUUAGCCACUGCAUGUGUUUGGAAAGUAGACACACAUGACUCAUCACCAUUCUAUGCCGUUCAAGUUGCUCAUCACAUCAAACAUUCUAAUGUGAUGUGCAGUAGAACGCGCACACAAUGUUUUGUAGGUAUAUUUCUUUCUUUCUCCGCCGCGCCGCCUAUUUCUUUCUUUGUUUAUCUUUUUUUUGUUUAUCUGCUAUGUUGAGAGCAAUAGCUAACUGUCACCCCGCUACCCAUCAUCAGGAUCACGCUCACUGGUUCUUCAAAGUAUGUGCUUCGUAUGUUUUAGUUAUUGACCGUUUCCUUCUAUAAUCUUCUUUCUGUCUGUUUUUACUGCACACAUCAUGUCUGAACUAUCGUGAACUCCAUGCUGUGCCAUAUGCGCGCCUCUCUCUCUCUCUCACAGCUCGUUUAGCCUAUAUUCUUCCUCGUCUUGUAGUUUCAGCCGCCUCCUCUUCUAGCAGUCCAACAUUGUUUGUACCAGGAAGUAGUUAAGUUACUACUCCCUGGCUUAUGAUCAUGCUUGUGCUGGUGUGUUCUCAGGUUUCCUUGCAAUGAGCCUGUGAGUUUAUCUGGUGUGUUCUCAGCUUUCCUUGCAAUGAGCCUGUGAGUUUAUCGCAACCUAGGCUACCAUUCUCACCAUUCUCAGUGUGCGUUCGCUUCACCUUCAAUUUCUCUCCCUGCAUAUGAAGCAAUCCGA